AUGCCAACCAAUUCCUAUCAACAACUAAGUGAGGAGGACCUCGACAAAGAAACCAACCGACGUAUACCUUGGACAAACCGUUUUAAGGAAUGCUGGAUCGUUCUGAAAAUACAAACGCAAACCAAAUAUAGCGCCCGAGUAGCUACUUCGAGGCCCUGGCUAUUAUAUCUCCUUGCAGCUGUCGCGUUAGUCAUGGCUGGUGGAACGGUCGGUUACAUAGCGGCAGACCACAAGCAUCUUUUCACCCAUCGAAGCUAUCAGAGCCUCGGAUCAUGUGGAUUGACCUCCAAAGACAACCAUGACAACAAUUGCGUGUACGACUUCAUCAUGGGAUCCUGGAUCGAUGCGAGAUGCCAGGAUAGCGAGUUGUACACCAAGUAUAUCGAACAUGUCAGGAAGCUCAAUCUGACGUAUUACGUCGACCAGGACGGCACUACUGAGAUCCCUCUUGAUGUUGCCCUACAAGGGGAUCAUCCGGUAUUGUACACGAACGGCAUUCAACAUCACUUGCACUGCACCUACUUCUGGGAGAAGCAAUGGGUAGCAUGGAAACAUGGUAAAAGGGCUUGGGAUAGCGACACUUUGUCUGAGGAACAUACUAUGCAUUGUAUCAUGCUCAAUGGUCUGCCUGGUGUCGAGGGGCUCUUAAGUAGAACAGCCACCAAGAUCUACGCUCCGGAAGAGGGCAUUGAAUGUAUGUAUCGGUAG